AUGGAGAAGCAGGUAGAGGCGGAUGGCUUCGGCAAGCUGAAGUGGCAAGAGGAGAAGCAGCCAAAGGCAAGACCAGGACGCUUUUCGCAGGAAAGGUUAGAGAUGAAAACCCGCCGGGAGGAGGAACUGAGGCGUAGACUGGCCUCGACGGACCUGAGUCUGGAAGAUGCUGAAGCCUUUGCAAAGUUCGCCAAAGCGACAGACGAGCAGAAGGAGCAGUACAGCGACACACUAGCAUCGUUUUUUGCUUGGAUGAUGGCCGGCAGCACGAGCAAGUCCGCUGCGAAUUACAUGGUGCAGGUCAAGAUGCUUAUGGAGCGCCACCAGCUGGACCUGCAAGCCUUGGUAUCCCAGGAGCUCCUGGAUCUCAUCAAGAGGACCAAGGAAAACCAAAAGCGGAACAACAUUAUCGGUGCUGGCUUGAAAAAGUUCCAAGACUUCGUGGCGAGUCGCGGCGGCCUCUCCAUGCCAUGGGAGGCCAAAGCAGCUGCUGGCGACGACCGUUUCAGGGUGGACUUCCGGCGUCGAAGCAGGAAGUCUGCUCCGCCGGGUCCCGGGACGCCGAGCCUGACGACGCACUUCGCCGUGAAAAGGAAGCACCCAGAGGAGCAGAAAAAGGAGGAAAAGGAUGAAAAGGAAGAAAAGGACGAAAAGGAGGAAGAGGAGGAGGCUUCCGCGGAGAAAGCGUCGAAGAAGAGCAAGGAGAAAGCCUCCGUCUUGAAGCAGGCGCAGCAGGAGGCCUUGCCUCCAAAGCGCAAGGCGAAGGCGAAAGCCAAGCCGACUUCCGCGGCCGCAAAGUUUGCGAUGCGGCUUUCCCCAAAGGUCAAGGCCGAGGUGCGUGGACCCUCCGGGGUGGCCACGCCGCAGCGGGGCGCAAGCGGAGGCACGGAGCCCAAGGAUCAGGACAUGUCGAGCCCCCCUUCGAAGGGUGUCUCGGUCGCCGAGGCUACUCCAGAGAAGCCAUCCAUCCAAGCUGCGAGGAUCCAGCCCUCGCCAGGCAGAAGCGAGCUGACGUCGCUUCGAAACAGCAUUCAAGCAGCGGUCAGAACCCACGACUACGCGAAGGCAAGGGAGCUGCAUCAGCUCCUCGUCAAACGAUGUGCGGAGAUCGGCUGCUCUGUGCCCCCGCGAGAGGAAAAGAGCGAGAAAUCAAAGCCAAAAAGCGCCGAUGCAAAAGAGCCCGAUGAAGAAGGCGAUGACGGGCCGACGGACCGUUUCGAAUUUGCGCGAGCCAUUCUCAAGGAAAAGUUCCCGCUGCGUUUCCUGGAUGGGAAUUCCAAGGAGGAUGAUUCGGAAGUCUGCUGCCAGAAUCAGAAGAUCACAUGGCGCAGGAAACAAGAAGGAGAAGAUCAGGACGAGGAUGCCGAUGGUGCGGAGGAGGAUGAGGAGCAAAAGAAAGGACGGGAAAUGAAGAAGGCCUUGUCCGGCAUCCCGGAUGCCUCCGUCGAGGAUAUCGAUCGCUUCCCUGCAGUCGCAGCCACUUUCAGAGAAUGGCUGAGAACGGACGCAGACGUGCAGGACGAAGAUGCGGAAGGCUCGGUCCAGGUGCUGCAUGACCUCUUCACCCAAGACGAGAAGGCCCUCGACGAGAUGGCCAAGGCGACGUACGUGAACCUCGUUUCCAAGGAGAAGUCGCACGAGAAAGCCGUGAAGCAAUUCGCAGCCUUCUGGGCAAAGAGAAAGAACGGCCCCUGGUGCCAAGCCCCUGCUCGCACCGAACGGAAGCUGGAAGUCCGCCUGCGCAAUGAGCACAAGAUCCCCGCAGCCUGGGGUGUGCGAGUUGUCCAGAGGGCACACAAAGAGGAUCUCGUUAUUCUGACGGCUCCGGACGGCACGAAACAAUUUGCGGAAGCAUCGAGACUGUCCGAUCAUCCCGUGCUGACGAGACAGGAGUUUCAAGAGGAGCGACAGCGGCGCGAGCUGCUGGGUGAGACGGAGGCGAGCAAGCUGGAGCAAGAGGCGCAGGGCGCAGCCGACGUGCGGAAGGAGAAGCUGAAGGUCGAGACCUCGGGUGCCACGCAGGCGGUGCAGGAUGCCUUGAACGGACGUCCAGAUGCGGAGUUAUCUCUUCGACGAGCGGCUCUUCGACAGCACGUCGCCUGCUCUAGCUGUGGCCGGCUCUCCACAAGGGAGCUGGAGCGAAUGCUGAGCGGUGCAAGAGGACACGAGUGGUCUUCGUACGAUGAUGUCCCAGACGCUUCGCAAGAGGACGUCGCGCAGUAUCCACGUGUGCUGGCGACCUUUUUCCAACAGGGCUAUCCAUACAUGAACGGCGUGAGACGUCUGAUGGAGCUGCACAAGAAGAAGGCUUGGGAUAUGGCGACUUCCGAGUUCCAACGCCUAGUGCGAAUGGAUCCUGAGAAUGCUAAGUGCAACGGCUACUUGAACUCGGCGAUCUUAUAUCUCAGGAAGUUUCGUGAAAACGGUGGUUUCGAGAACCUCACCGACGUCUCUGCGAUCGACCCGUACAAGCUCCAGACGACAUUCACUCCGGACUUCGACAGAGAGACGGGAAAGGAGCAAGAGCAUUUCGACGACCUGCAGGUGGAUUUGCCUUUGGAGCUGGUGAUGGCCGACGCAACGGCGAACUGGCGCGAGGAGCUCCAGGAGAAGGUCGACGAAGACGGAUACCUUCUCGAGGACGUCGAUGCCCGUGGACAGCGGCCGGUGGCGCUGAGCGUUGCACUCCUGCCAGACGCAACGGAUGAGGAGUGGGCGAUGUGGCCACGGAUCCUGACGAAGUUUGAGUUACAAUGCAAGCAGGACUCGGAGGAGGAAAAGCCAAUCAAGCGAGAGGAGGAAGCCAAUGCCAUGUUCCAGGCCAUGAAGGAGCUUGUUGAAGAACAUGGCAAGAGUCCCACCGCGAUGGCCGCAGAAAAGUACCUCAAAAUCGUCAAGACCAUGUACACCAACGUGUCGCACAAGGACCGAGCAACUGCUGUUGCUAAGUUUGCCGACUUCUGGGCAGCUCACAAAGAUGGGGAGUUUCCGGAGCCAAAGGUGCAUGCGUUGGCCCUGAAGAAGUAUUCCCUCAUGGAUCGUCGGAUCGUGGAGCAGGCGAAGCAGCUGGCUGCCGAGUGGCUCCUGCCGGCCGGGUGGGCUGUGAAGCUCGGGAAGGACGGUCGACUGAUCAAGGUUCUUGGCACCGGUGGCAAGGCGGACUUUUACCACAGCAAGGAAGCGGCGCUGCAGGCGGUCGAGGCCAAGGCGAAGCGGCAGGCCGAGGAGGCAAAGGCUGCCCAUCAGCAGAUGAUGUCAGCCAAGGAGGCACACAUCGAGAGGAGCGAGGCGGGCAUGCGCAAGCAGUUGGCCAAGGCCGUGCGGGAGGAGAACUACGAGCUUGCGGAGCGGGUGCAUUCGGAGCUCACCGGCCGGGCAGGAGGCCGGUCGGGUCCCAGCCGAAAGGGCACCAUGCCCAUUGUCGCUCGAAGCGCGGAGGAAGUUGCGCGAAGGGGCAAGGGUGCAGGACGAGGUGCCAAGAAUGGUGUCAAGCGCAAGGCUGAGGGAGAGGAUGCGAACGACAGUGCUCUGAAGGUGCGUAAGGCCAUGGGUCUCAAGCAUCAGCAGAAGCAGGAGGUGGCCAGGAGUGAGCUCACACUCCGCGCCGGCGAGUGGCGUCUCCAAGGCGUGCGGCUGAAGAACGGGACAGUGCUUCCCAUCGUCUCAGAUCAGCUUGAGGCUUUGGCCUCAGACGCCGUGGUCCUCGUGCUCGUGUACGUGGACGAGGAGGUUCGUGAGAGAAAGCGAAGGCGCAUCAUCGAAGAUUGGGGAUUGGACGAGACAUGGACAGUGACCGUCCGGUACCGACUCUCCGGACACCAGGUCACUGCCAAACGUGCCGACGGCAAGGUUUUCCUCAGCAAGCACGAGGUCGCGGGUGCGAGGGACCACGAGGUGCUCGAGAAGAUGUCAGAGCCAGCCGCGGCACGGGCAAAGGAGCUUGAGGCGGUGCUUGCCAGCCACGCCAAGGGGCAGCUGCGUCUUUGGGAGUUGGAAGUCAAGGAGAUGCCGUCACUCCAUGGCCUCUAUGUCUCUGAUGGCCAGUCCUUUUCGAAGGUGUCCUGCCUCGGCGUUUCGGAGCAGGUGAAGGUGAGCUACACAGGUGACAAGUGGCGGUUCAGGGACGCGGCUGGAAAUGUCAUUGCCUGCACUCUCCCAUCUGAUUCUGGCACGAAGAGUCCAUUCGAGUGCCGGCAGCUGCUUGCUGGAAGUGCAGAUCAGCCGACCGUGACAGUGGACACCAUGGGAAGCGUGGUGGUCAAGGAAGCUAUCGCCAGCCGCUUGUCCAGCCACUUGGGCCAGUCCUUUGGGCCUUGCUGCCGACUCUGUGAAGCUGGAAAGCCUCGGACGAAGGCCUCGACGCCUGCAAAAGUCAAGCAAGCAGAACUCUACGAGUCCAGGCUCCUCGAGCUGCAGCAGCGACGCGCCAAAGCUCCCCGCACUUUGGUCGACAUGGUGUCCUGCAUGCUUCACAAGCUGCAGAUGUUCCAGAGUGCAUCUGCGCUUCCGGAAGUCCUUCGGCGGAGGAAGGUGCUUCGGGUUGGAACCAUGUGCUCUGGCACAGAUGCCCCUGUGCUGGUGGCAAGGGCCUUGGAGCGUGCCCUCCGGCCACAUGGGUCCGAACUGAGCUUCCAGCAUGCUUUCUCUGUCGAGUACGAUGUGAAGAAGCAGGAGUUCUUGAAAGCCAACUUUCCGGAGUGCCCGCUGCUCUUCAAAGACUGCGUGCAAAUGGGCCGGAAGCGAGCUUGGGAGGUCCUUUCCCAAAAGCCACAACCAGUUCCUGACGACGUGGACAUCCUGGUUGCCGGCUUCAGCUGCAAGGACUUGUCAUUGAUGAACUCCUACCGGAAAGCGUUGCAGGAAAUGGGCCAGUCUGGAGCAACUCUGCGCGGCGUUCUGGAUUAUGCAGAGAGGCACCGACCUCGACUCAUUCUGCUGGAGAAUGUGUGGGCCAUCUUAAAGGGCAACAGCAUCGGCUUCAAGCAGGUGGACUUGGUCAUGGAGGGUCUGAAGGCGCGUGGCUACGCUGCUGGGUACCGCCUCCUGAACAGCUGCGACUAUUUUGUUCCACAAAUCCGACACAGGAUUUGGAUGUGGGCAAUCCGGUUGUCGGAAAAGGCGCCGCAGACGCAGGAGGAAGCCGAGACGCUUCGGCAGCGUGCCGAAGCGAUCAGCCAGAUGGUGGAGCCGAAAUUCAAUGAUAUUCUUGUUGCCUUGGAAGAGCCCUGCGCACUUCACUUCGAGGACUAUAUGUUCGACGACGAUCAUCCAGCGGUCCGUGCGCACUUCCAGUUCACGAAAUCGCAGAAGCAGAAGCGAGCAGCGCAGGUCGUGAAGAAAAAUUCCAAGGCCAAGCUAGACUGGACGCAGAAGUACGACACCCACCGAACUGGGCAUGACUACCAGUAUGACCGACCCUACACUGCUGUUCGGGAUGCAGAUUUCCUCCAGGUCUUGAACGACCGCGAGAAGGAGCUCUUGAACUUGAAAUGUCUGGAUGUCAUGAACGAUCAGGGUAAGGACCCCCGUGCAUUCCCUAUGCUCUGGGAACUCUCCCAAAGCGUGGAGCGUGUGCCAGGAGUGAGGAUCCGAAAAGACCGACAAAACUACGCGACUUGCAUCCUCCCAGGGAUUCUUUGGCACUCGAGUCGGAAGCGCUGGGUGCUUGGCAUCGAGAAGCUCGCGCUGCAGGGCAUCUUCGCAGAGGACCUCAAGGACACGGACUUCCCGCAGAAGUUGCUCGGCGAUCUUGCGGGCAAUGCCUUCACCACGUCCGUUUGUGCAGCCAACCUGAUCGCUCUCCUGACAUGUUCAAGUCUGGUGACUGAAAGCGGGCAGAGCUAG